CACACCCACUUCACACCAGAUAUAGCCUUAAUGACUUUAAGGAGCUUGGUAGACGACGAGUCAGUUGGAAAAAGAGGAUUUGGGGAAGUGACUGGCAUGGAAAGCACUAGACAGCAACACAACAGAGCAGGCUGAUCAGGCAGGACUUGAACUUGUCUCCUUAUGCAGGUGUGACAGCUCAGUACACUAAGGAAGUGAAUGUCACCAACUGUCCCAUUAACUUCUAUGGAAAAAAUUACACCACAAUAUUUGCAAACAUCACUGAUGGGCGAGCCACGCUCUGCUUCAACGGCCAGUACAUCAGUGGAAGCCCAAACGAUUGUUUAAUGAUUUACCGAGAACAUGCAAACAAAGGAAGCAAGAAAAUCAAAACAAAUAGUCAAACAAGUCCAUCGUCACCAUAUCUGACGAAUCUGGAAGGUUUCAUGGGAAUAUCACCAUGUGCUGCAAGAGUGAUCCUGCGCAAUGACAGUAAUGUAGAUCUGAUCCAGGUCGAGUUCCGCCGUUUUGGAAAACAGCAAGCUGUACGUCUGACCUUGAAAGAGACCGGGAGCCCGGCAGAUCAUGCCGUUACCAUCGUCAACGGAGAGGAAAUAGACCGCUGGAACAUCACGCAGCCAAAUCCAAACUACAGAGACUUGAGUGGUUGCAGAUACGAAGAUGAGUUUUACGCAACUGACACCAUGACUUGUGACUCACAAGGCACCUUCAUUCAUUGCAACGCAACAGCCCACCUUGAUGCCAUACCUCAAAUAAAUGACUACUGUGUGCAAGGCGCCAUCUGCACUGUGACUGGUUCCACCAUCAUCGAUUAUUCUCAAAACUCUUCCUCAGUGGAAGAUCGCUGUGCCUACACUUUGUUCUCCAAUUCAAGUGUCCACAUUGUGGCGCUUUUCAAGGAACGGCGUCGUAAAGACGUCAUGUUUUUGGACCGUGUCUUCAUCGAGCUACUGGACUAUGAUGAUGUCAUUCAACUGGGACCAGGCGUCAAAGUUUUGGUGAACAACACCUAUGUGGACAUCAACGGUGUGCUUGAAAAACAUGAAGGUUUGGACCUCCACCAGGACCAGACUGGGAUUACAGUCACCAUAUAUCAGUCCAAUUACAACAUUACUGUCUUCUUUAAUGGAGACACUGCUCAGAUCCUCCUAACACAUCCAUGGAUGCUGGCAAGCUCAACUGCAGUGGAAAGAGGCAUAACUGAACACUCAGACAGUCUGUGUUUCAACUCCAGCAUGACUUUAAGUGACGUGAAGUCGUCUAAUUUCAGCCUCGAUGGAUGUGAGACGCAGUACAGCGAGCCAGCCGAUGACUCCAUCAACUGUACCACAGUGACUGAGCACUGUCAAGUCCUGAACGGAUCUUAUUUUGCUGACUGUCACGCCGUUGUCGACCCAGAGCCGUACAUUGCCGCCUGCAACUACACGCUAUGUCAUUACCCCGAUGUGGAUGGUCUCAGGUGUGAGUUUAUGGAGGCUUACGCUCACGCUUGCUCUCUGAAACAGAAUCAUACAGUGGACAACUGGCGGACAGAUGCUAACUGCCCUGCACCUCGGGCCUUCUGUAAUGACACACAAUGCGUUGAUCACGAGUUCUGUGCUGACGGCAUCAACGGUCAAAUCAUGUGCUUCUGUCGGGCCAUUUUUGCUUCCGACUUCAGGUCCAACGACACUUUAGGUGAUCCGGCGGUCUGCAUGGAUGCCACUGUUUCACUCACUCUGGUCGGUUGUCUCCUGGAGGAAAAGGGUAUCCGAUACACAGACCUGCACCUGAACGAUGACUCCUGUAGAGGUCAUAGGGACAUGGACCAUAUGGUGACCUUCAGUAUUAAUCAACUUAACAGCUGUGGGACCGUGGUAACGGCCAACGACAGCGUGGUUGUGUACAAGAACACCAUCACUGGAUUGAACACCUCUGAACCUGUUGCUGACUUUCCUGAAUUCCAAUUGAACUUUUCCUGCUAUCAUAAACAGCCAGAAAUUCAGAUUCUAAGCUUCAAAAUCAGAGACAACUCUGUCUUCCAGCAGGUUGAAUCUGAAUUAUGGAAUUAUACAUUGAAGAUAAGAGCCUACAUGGACACCCAACACAUGCAACCUGUGUUGUUAGACACAGAAAUUAAGUUGAACCAAAGAGUUUGGGUACAUCUGAUCUCAGAGGGCCUGGACGAGAAUCUGGUUUCUUUGGUGACCACCUCCUGCUGGGCCACUAACACCUCAUUACCCUAUGAAGGUCCAAGAUAUGACCUGAUCACUGAUGGUUGUGCAAGCCCUGUGGAACCUUCAGUGAACGUGAUGGGAAAUGGAGUCGGAGUGUCCAAUAGCUUUUCCUUCGAUAUGUUCCACUUCACUGGAGGCAGCUAUGAGGUUUACCUGCACUGCCAAGUCGAACUGUGCCCCAACCAGAACGUAGCCUGCCAGCCGAGUUGUGGUGGACCCGCUAAGAGAAGACGACGCAGGUCUGCUAGAUCCAAAUAUGUUGAUGACAGCACCGCUCUCAUUAGCAUGUCCUGGACUAAUUAGGGCUGUUUCUAGGGCGACUCCCAAGUGUGUGGACCUUCCAAAUGAUUCCAGAUUUGACACUGAAUAAAAUGUAUUUUAGAAGCUGAUUUAGCUUUGCUAAGAUGUGAUCGUCAUACAGUUUUAACUGGAAGCAUUGGACAGUUGAUAGUUUAGAAUGAUGUCCAAUAGCUACUGUAUUAUUGAACUAUUUUAUUAUAACAUGGUGAAGAGAAAUGACUUGUAAUCAUCACACAACAAUGCUAACAAUGUGUUAUGUCAUCUUGUUGCCUAGAAAAAUUAAUCAAUCAAUAAAAAGAGACUAGCCACUCCACAAUUAAUCCAAAUAAGGAUCACUUCCUGUUGCCUUAGUGCAGUGGUUUUCAAACUGGGGGACGCAUAAUGGGGAAAUAUUCAGUUUUUAUGUUACUAUUUCAAAAAGUUGUAGCUUAAAAUUGGUAAUAGAUAAAUGCAAACUGAGAAAAAUCAUCAGUAUGACCCAAAGUUUGUGAUGAGAGUGAAUUCA